AUGUCGGGGGCUGUAUUGAGAUCUGAGCUGAAAUGCUCCGCGUGCCGGGAGUUCUACACCGACCCUGUAACCCUGCCCUGUGGCCAUAACUACUGCCUGCGCUGUAUUGGGAGACAUUGGGACUGGCAGGAGGGUAUAGAGGAAGAUCUGUCCUGCCCUGAAUGCAAACGGAGAUAUGGGAAACGGCCUGAACUGAACAUAAAUGGGAUUCUGCAUAACCUAGCAGUGCAACUGUACCCUACUCACCCACGGCAUGGCGGGACUGGGAACUUCUGCACUGAGUGCUCCAUGCCUGCACUGGCUGUGAAAUCCUGCCUGCACUGUUUUACCUCUCUGUGUGCCUCACAUGUGCAGAUACAUAGCAAGGAUGAAGAACAUGUAUUAACUACGCCAACUGUUUUAUUUGGGCACAGAAAAUGCUUUGUACACAGGGAACGGCUGAGAUAUCGCUGCACUGAGGAUGGGUACCGUGCCUGUGUGUCCUGCUGCCUGGCUGGGGGGCACCGGGGCCACAAGAUGGAAAUGCUAAGUGAGACCUAUGAGGAUAGAACUAUUAAAGAAGUGGCCAUUGCUGGUGUGAAAGCUGAUCUAACCUGCCCCCUGUGCCGGGAGAUCUACACCGACCCUGUAACCCUGCCCUGUGGCCAUAACAUCUGCCUGCGCUGUAUUGGGGGAACAGGGGGAGAGCAGGGGGAGAGGGGAGAAGAUCCUUCCUGCCCUGAAUGCAAAGAGAGAUACAGGAGAUGUCCGAAACUGAACAGGAACAUCAGGCUUCAUAAUAUAGUGCAGAGUUUCCUCCCUACUCACCCAGAGCAGGAGAGUGCCAGGAUCCUCUGCACUUACUGUGCCACCCCUGUGCCCGCAGCCAAAUGCUGCCUUCAGUAUGUGGUCUUUUUGUGUGACAGACAUGCGAGGGAGCAUCGCAAUUCAUUACGACACAUAUUGAUGGACUACAGCACAUUGUUAAAUAAUGCACCGUGUUCCACUCACCAGAAGCCCCUGGGGUAUUACUGCCGGGAGGAUGCUGCCUGCGUCUGUGAGGAUUGUGUCCCGGAACACCGGUGGCACAUCGUGGAGAAGCUGGAUGUGGAAACUGAGAAGGUUAAAGAGCAACUGAGGAUUCUGCAAGCGGUGCAGCAUUUGAAUCUGAGAGACAAACUGACCUGCUCCGCGUGCCGGAGGAUCUACACCGACCCUGUAACCCUGCCCUGUGGCCAUAGUUUCUGCCAGUUCUGUAUUAGGAGAACAUGGAACUGGCAGGAGGGGAUAGAGGAGGAUCCUUCCUGCCCUGAAUGCAGUGAGAGAUACAGGAGAUGCGUGAAACUGAUGAGGAACCAUAUUCUGAGUAACAUUGUGCAAAGGUACUUAAUCAUUCAGCCAGAGCACUGUGGCCCCAGGGACUUUUGCCCUUACUGUUUCCAGUUAGUUCCACCCUUUGCUCUACCAGUAACUAAAUCCUGCCUGCACUGUGACAUCGCUCUGUGUGAGGGUCAUGUGACAGAGCACAGCCAAUCAGCAGAACAUGAAUUAACUGCCCCCACCAGAAGAUGCUCCACCCACCAGGAGCCACUAAUAUAUCGCUGCACUGAGGAUGGGGCCCGUGUCUGUGUGUCCUGCUGCCUGGCUGGGGAGCACUGGGGCCACAAGGUGGAGCUGCUGAAUAAGGCUUUAGAGAUAAGAACAAAUCAAGGUCUGAGAGACAAACUGAGCUGCCCCCUGUGCCGGGAGAUCUACACCGACCCUGUAACCCUGCCCUGUGGCCAUAACUUCUGCCUGCGCUGUAUUGGGAGACAUUGGGAACAGCAGAGGGAGAGGAGGAAGAGUCGGUCCUGCCCCGAAUGUGGAGAGAACACGAGAGAGAUAGAACUGAGCAAGAACCACUCGCUGUGUAACAUAAGGAAGUUACUUUUGCCUUCCCCUGAGCAGGACACUGCUGGCACCUACUGUACCUACUGUAUUUACUCACUGGUACCCGCGGGUAAAUCCUCUGUCCUGUGUAAGGCCUCUCUAAGCCUUUCUCAUGUGCCCAAGGCAGCAGAACAUGUAUUAUCUAAACCCACCGCUUUCUCUGGGCGCAGAAACUGCCCCGUACAUGGGGAGCUGCUGAGAUAUCACUGCACUGAGGAUGGGGCCCAAGUCUGUAUAUCUUGCUUUCUGACUGGGGAGCACCUGGGCCACAAGGUGGAGCCGCUGAGUGAGGCUUCAGAGAGAAGACCAAAUCAAGGUCUGAGAGACAAACUGAGCUGCUCCAUCUGCCAGGGUAUCUACACCGACCCUGUAACCCUGCCCUGUGGCCAUAACUACUGCCUGCUCUGUAUUGAGGGAACAUGGGGAGAGCAGAAGAAGAAGAGAGAAGGUCAUUCCUGCCCUGAAUGCAAACACAGAUGCACGAGAGAGAUGGAACUGAGCAAGAACCACUCGCUGUGUAACAUAGUGCAGUUCCUUCUGCCCCCCCCUGAGCAGCGGGACCCUGCUGGCACCUACUGUACCUACUGUAUUCACUCACUGGUACCCGCGGCUAAAUCCUGCCUGCUGUGUGAGGCCUCUCUGUGUGCCACACACGUGUGGCUACAUAGCCAGGCAGCAGAACAUGUAUUAUCUGAACCCGCCGCUUUCUCUGGGCACAGAAACUGCUCCGCACAUGGGGAACUGCUGAGAUAUCACUGCACUGAGGAUGGGGCCCGUGUCUGUGUGUCCUGCUGCCUGGCUGGGGAGCACCGGGGCCACAGGGUGGAGCUACUGAAUGAGGAUUCAGAGAUAAGAACAAAUCAAGGUCUGAGAGACCAACUAACCUGCUCCCUGUGCCGGGAGAUCUACACCGACCCUGUAACCCUGCCCUGUGGCCAUAACUACUGUCGGGUCUGUAUUGGGGGAACAUGGGGAGAGCAGGGGGAGAAGGGAGAAGAUCCUUCCUGCCCUGAAUGCAAACACAGAUGCACAAGAGAGAUGGAACUGAGCAAGAACCACUCGCUGUGUAACAUAGUGCAGUUCCUUCUGCCCCCCCCUGAGCAGCGGGACCCUGCUGGCACUCACUCACCCACGGCUAAAUCCUCUGUCCUCUGUGAGGCCUCUCUGAGCCCUUCUCAGGUGCCCAAGGCAGAAGAACAUGUCUUAUCUGAACCCACCACUUCCUUUGGGCCCAGAAACUGCCCCGUACAUGGGGAACUGCUGAGAUAUCACUGCCAUGAUGAUGGGGCCCGUGUCUGUGUGUCCUGCUGCCUGAAUGGGGAGCACUGGGGCCACAGGAUGAAAAUGUUCUAUGAUGAUGAAGUUACUAUAAAAUGUAUUACUACAAGUAAUCGCCACUUAUAUUAGUCCAAAGGUGCCCAUUGGAGCUACACAGUGUGGAUAUCACAAACGAAAAUGCAUGUGGGCUUGCUACCUCUGUGUUGCUCCACAAAUGCCUACAGGGUGUUCACAUAUGGCUAAUGCCCCACGGGGAGAUUAGUUGAGAAUUUCAUCCAACUGAGAAAGAUCUUACAUUUUUACCCUUCCCUUCACAGUAUAGGAACUAGACGUGACUAUAUAUUAACUUUAAACAAUUUACUAAGGGAAAUAACAAAAACUGAAUAUUGACUUUUCAGAUCUUGCCCCAGUAGCCACACAGAGCUCUAGCUCUAGGACCUAUUCUAUGGUCCUUCCCUAGUAGGCCAAUAUAAAAGCCUGAAUGUGUCAAUGUUAAAUGAUAGAUAGGAUUUAUAUUUAGAUGAAAAUAAGAAUCACUGAGGCAAUCCUUCCUUCUUAUGGGAUUCUUGGAAAGCAGUGGAUAGAUUUCUUAUUUCAAGGCCUAUUAUUAUUGUAAGAUAUAUAGAAAUUUCCUCAAUCUAAGUAAAUGGCAAAGAGAUCUCUAUCUCCACCUAAUAGGUUGUCCAACGAAGGAUUAAAAAUACAAAGAGGUUACUCCUUUUCCAGCUAUACUAUUAUACCAGAAGACUCUUUCCCAAAACUCUUAUGUGCGAUACUGGGAAUCGGUCAUGGAAACAGAACUAACCCUGCCUUAACUGGUGGCAAUUUGAGAAAGCGGGCAAAAUGGUAGUAUCCACGCAACAAAAAGAGAGCAAAGUGAUAAAGAGAUGAAGUGGUACCUUAACCCAAACAGACUUUCCAACAUCUAUCCCCAGAGCAGCCCCUUAUGCUGGAGCGGCUGCCAACAUGGAGAUACAUUACACCAUAUCCUAUGGGCAUGUCCUAAAAUCUCCAAUUUUUGGUUGGAAGUGGGUAACUUAAUAAAGACAGUCCUAAAAAUACCACUAAACAUAGAAAUGCCCCACCUAUUGUUGGGUUCCCCCCAAAACUGAACAACCCGACCCAAAAGUAGGUCAAACCAAAUAGCCGCCGCAGCUCGAUUAGCAAUUACUGCUGAAUGGAAAUACCCAAUAAUUCCCACUACCCAAGAAGUCAUUUCUACAAAAAAUUCGAAGAAAUGGCAGUGCGAAUAUCUAAUAUAUUACAACAUAAAAAUAUCUGGGAUAGCUGGGAAAACUUUCUGAUUACUGAGACCAACAACGCUCCAACCACCUGAAGCAUGGACCAUUCCGGAAGGCCAUCCAAUAAAUCCAAGUAGGGAACCCCCCCACUCUUAUACCCCCGGUGGGAAAUGGACAAAAAAAAAUACAAAGCGGUUCCUAAUGAUCCUAAAGCCUAAAUUCAUUUUAGAAACAGCUAAAUAUAGGAACCUAAAUAAUAAAGCUAAAAAUCCACUGUAGGCAAGCUAUAAGGAUUAUUAUUAAUACACUUAAACAUCACCCCAGUUGUGAGGUUUGAUAAUACUCUAUAUUCUCAUGUCGAUAUAAUCAUAUAUUCAUAUACGCAUGUAUUUUGAUACUUUGAUACGCUUUGAUGCUUAGCAUAUCA